UUGAAUGCACAUAUAAACACAUUUCACACUUGUUUUUAUAAAGUUGAAAGUAUUGUCUGUGGUAAUGAACGUGACACAGAGCUGAUGUAAACAACCCAGAACAUUCCAUUAAUGGCCACAGAAAGUUUCUUACAUAACAUCUGUCAAUGGAACAUUCCACAUACACACACACACACACUCCAGAAGAUGUCAUGGUGCUGUGAUGAUGAUGAUGAUGUUUUUCUGUCGGUCAUCAGACUCUGUUCAUACGGUCGCUCUGAAUGGAUCGGCUAAAUGUCACGGACACCUGACGGACGUCAGCUUUAAGUUAGACAUCGACGCCGUGGUGUAUCACGACGAGACGCUGAUCGCCGUCUGGAAACACGGCUGGCAGAGGAGAGGUCAGGGGUCAUCAGAGAUCCUGCAGGAGAUCACUGACCACAAGAAGACAUUCCGGCUGCUGGGAACCGACAGAAUCGUUGUCAUGGAGAAGCGAGCGUGUGAUGACCAAUCAGGACUCUGUAAUCUGUAUAUCCUGGAGACAGUUGACUCCACCCCUGUUUCCCAAACACACACAGCCAACCUCUGUUAUUAAUUAAACUUGUCCUGAUGUUAAUAAAGACGUGUGUGUGUGUGAUUUCUCAAUGAUCAGUCCACUGCAAAACCCUUACAAGACUUGUACAGUUUCUAACUAGUGUGCUGUACAGAAACAGAGAAAUCCAGAGCAAACGAGAAUGUGGAUGGGCAGUCAUUCUAGAUUUGCAGGUAUUUCAGAGACACAGCAGGUCCUGACAGCGCCAUCAUUACAGUGUGUGUGUGUGUGUGUGUG